AUACUAUUUUAACAAAGAAGGUGAUUUCAACAAACUGACAGCUGCAGCCUUUCACAAGAGAACACACAUCCUUGUGACAGGGUUUGCAUCUGGAGCUUUUCACCUGCAUGAACUGCCAGGCUUUGACCUCAUUCACUCACUCAGUAUUUCAGAUCAGAGGAUUUCGGCCAUUUCUCUGAAUCCCACUGGUGAAUGGAUUAGCUUUGGCUGCUCAGGUCUGGGCCAGCUGUUGGUUUGGGAAUGGCAGAGCGAGUCCUAUGUGUUUAAACAGCAAGGACACUUUAACAACAUGAACUCUUUGACUUAUUCACCUGAUGGUCAGUAUCUUGCUACUGGAGGGGAUGAUGGCAAGGUCAAGGUGUGGAACACCAACAGUGGUCUCUGUUUUGUGACGUUCACCGAACACUCCAGCAGUGUCACCGAAGUUGCCUUUACCUCCAGUGGUUUCGUGGUGGUCAGUGCCUCACUAGAUGGCACUGUUAGAGCUUUUGACCUGCACAGGUACCGGAAUUUCCGUACCAUGACGUCACCUCGACCCGCCCAGUUCUCCUCUCUGGCAGUGGACGGUAGUGGGGAAUUGGUGUGUGCUGGUUCUCAGGACUCUUUUGAGAUCUUUCUGUGGUCUAUGCAGACUGGACGACUAUUAGAGGUGCUUAGUGGUCAUGAGGGUCCUGUCAGUAACUUGUGCUUCAGUCCAGUCCAAUCUGUUCUUGCUAGUGUGUCAUGGGACAAAACUGUCCGGCUGUGGGACAUGCUGGACAGCUGGCAGACCAAAGAGACCUUGCAGCUCACCUCUGAUGGGCUCGCUGUAACAUAUCAUCCUAAUGGUAUGGAGUUAGCAGUUGCCUCUCUGGAUGGUGAAAUCACAUUCUGGAACCCUCAGACUGGAAGACAGACUGGCUCUAUCACUGGCCGCCAUGACCUGCAAAUGGGACGCAAGGAGUCUGAAAAGAUCACUGCUAAACAAUCUGCCAAGGGAAAGUCUUUCACCACCUUGUGCUACUCAGCGGAUGGUGAAUCAAUCCUUACUGGUGGGAAGUCAAAGUUUGUGUGCAUUUAUAACAUCAAGGAGCAUGUCCUGAUGAAGAAGUUUGAGAUCUCCUGUAAUCUCUCUCUGGACGCAAUGGAG